CCCUCUGCGUGCCUGGGCCGGCUUUCUCUCCUGAUUUAGAUCGUGCUCUGCAGAGGGACAAGAACACAGCUGAAAUAUGCUCCGGUCAGGCCAGCUCAAGCACUGAAUGCGUUUGUUUCACAGCGGGACCCCUGAACAUGGACCCUCUGACGGAGUUCCCCUUUAUGGAGGAUGAGGGGUUGACCAUGAAGAGGACAGGGUACAUCCGAUUAUAUGAGUGUAGCACAGCUGCAGACUGACCGACCUGCAGCAGGGGUCUCCCUCUCUGUGUCCCUCUCAAGAGCCUCUCCAGGGCCCUGACUCAGACGUGUAUGCCAAGUUCUUCAUGAGUCACUGCUGCUACGAUGCCAUUCCAACGAGCUCCAAACUGGUCAUCUUUGACACAACGCUGCAGGUGAAAAAAGCAUUCUUUGCACUGGUUUCAAAUGGGGUCAGAGCGGCACCUUUGUGGGAUAACAAGCUGCAGUGUUUUGUAGGGAUGCUCACCAUUACAGACUUUAUCAACAUUCUCCAUCGUUACUACAGAUCUCCCCUGGUUCAGAUCUAUGAGCUGGAGGAACACAAGAUCGAAACAUGGAGAGAGGUCUAUCUACAGUAUUCUCUCAACUCCCUGAUCAGCAUCGCACCUGAUUCCAGCCUCUUCGAAGCCAUUUAUUCCUUGCUGAAGAACAAGAUUCACCGGCUGCCCGUCAUAGAUCCAGAAUCAGGGAACGUCCUCCACAUACUCACCCAUAAACGCAUCCUCAAGUUCUUACACAUCUUUGGCUCGAUGGUCCCCAAGCCACGAUUCUUACAGAAGCGGAUUGAGGAAGUGAACAUCGGAACAUUCAAGAGCAUUGCAACUAUCAGGGAGACGGAAACUGUUUAUGAUGCUUUAUCAGUAUUUGUGGAGCGACGGGUCUCAGCCCUGCCCGUCGUCAACGAGCAAGGGAAAGUGGUAGCACUUUACUCCAGAUUUGACGUCAUUAAUUUGGCUGCACAGAAAAGCUACAACAACCUGAACAUGACGAUGCAGGAGGUCAUUCAGAGCCGCAUGUGCUGCAUUGAGGGGGUGCUGAAGUGUUACCCUCACGAGACCCUCGAAACAAUCAUUGAUCGGAUCGCUGAGGCUGAGGUUCACCGUCUCGUGCUGGUGGACACAGAGGAUGUGGUGAUGGGAAUCGUCUCGCUCUCUGAUUUGCUCCAGGCUCUGGUCUUGACUCCUGCAGGCGUUGAGGCACUUUUCUCUUAACACCAGUGGAGGGCUCCCUCUCCACAAUCAUCCACAUUUCAUAUCACACCAG